ACGCCUGGAGCAGGGAUACCAGGGGAAGCUGAGCCUCCUGCGGUCCGAGGUGGAGGUGGAACGCGAGCUGUUCUGGGAGCAGGCUCGGCUGCAGAGGGCCAGACUGGAGGAGGACCUGCGGUGCCUGCAGGCGGAGGAGACCGGCCUGCGCGAGAAGCUGACCCUGGCCCUGAAGGAAAAUAGUCGAUUGCAGAAGGAGAUGAUUGAAGUUGUGGAGAAGCUCUCAGACUCAGAGAAGCUAGUCCUGAAGCUGAAGAAUGACCUGGAUGCUUCCAGGGAGGUGGCCCCGGCCCCACCUGCUUCUCCUUCCCUGACUCGGGACUGUAGUUUCUGUCCUCACCUGCCCUGCCUCCCUCGCCUCCCUCCCCAAGAGGAGAAGCCGGGUCUGCCUUCUGAUUCUUUCCUGUGUCUGCGGACACCGCCUUCCGUCCGGUGGACUCCUGGACUGUUGUGGUGCAUCCUCAAAUCCGUCCUUUCAAAGGAAAAUAGUCGAUUGCAGAAGGAGAUGAUUGAAGUUGUGGAGAAGCUCUCAGACUCAGAGAAGCUAGUCCUGAAGCUGAAGAAUGACCUGGAUUUUGUGUGGAAGGACAAGCUGGAGCCACAGAGCACAGAACUCCUGGCCCAGGAGGAGCGAUUCUCAGAGAUCCUGAAGGAAUACAAGCUGAAGUGCCGGGACCUGCAGGACUAUAAUGAUGAGCUGCAGGCUGCCCUGCAAGGCCUGCAGGCACAGAUGGCCCCGAGCCAGCACAGCCACCAGCCCGUGGGACUCGGCCUGGCAGGCACCAUCACGUUCGUGGGUGAUUCCGCCCCAGCGAGUAUAGAAACAGAGAUCAUGUUGGAGCAGCUGAAGGAGCGUUACCAAGAACUCAGGAUCCAGCUGGAGACCCAGGUUAGUGACCACGAGAGGGAGAUGGAGGUGCUGAAACGGGCCUUUGCAGAGGAGAGGAGGCAGCUGGAGUGGGGCUUCCAGCUCGAGGUUGGCGUGCUUCAGGGUCGGAAGGCCGAGCUGGCGACGCUGCAGCAGUCACAGGAGGUCAUCUGAGGCCUGCGGGAGCAGCUGCAGAGGAGGGCGGAGCUGGAGCGGGGCCACGCAUGGCAGCUGGGCCAGGAGAGGGCGCUCCAGCGGCUCAGAAUUGAGUUGGAAAAGCUUUCUGAAGAAAACACACUUUUGAAAACUGAGUUGGGGAGGAUUCGACAAGAGCCUGAAGCUUCAGAAAGGACGGAGGCUGCACAGACGAAGGAAAUUGAGGUUUUAAAGAGAGACGAGGAAAAGGCCUGCUCUGAGAUGGAAGAGCUCUGCACACAGAGUCACAAGUGUAGGGAUGAACUGUCCCAGCUCAACAGGGUCCUGCAGCUUGGAGAGGAGGCCUCUACCCACCAGGCCCAAAGAGAGAAGAAUCACGUCACUGUCCAGCUGCUGACAUACAGACUAGAGGAGGCCGAACUCCGGGAGGAGCUGCAGGGUAACGAAAUCCAAAAACUUGAACUUGAACUUGACUGCGUGACUCAGGAACGUCAGAGCCUGAGACUGGCCCAGUCACAGCUGAGAGAAGCCCUUGAAGAGAGUCGGGACCAGGAAGCACAUGAAAAACAGCUGAAAGCAACAGAAGAGCAGGUGGAGGAGGUGGAGAUGAUUUUGAAGAAGAUGGAAGUGCUCCUCCAAGAGAAAGUGGGUGAGCUGAAGGAACAGUUUGAAAAGAACACACAGUCAGAUCUGCUGCUCAAGGAGCUCUUUGUGGAAAAUGCCCACCUGACAAAAGCACUUCAAGUCACUGAAGAGAAGCAACGAGGUGCCAAGAAAAAAAUCCCAAUUCUUGGAAGGAAAAGGAGUAAGAAGGGCACCUUGCCCUUCGGCUCCUCCAUCAGCCCGGGGAGAGAUGGCAGUCAUAGAAUCAACUUCCAGCCCGGGUACCGCAUCCGAGACAAGGACCUCGGAAAGAUCCACAAAGCUGCCAGCGUAGGCAACGUAGCUAAAGUGCAGCAGGUUCUGUUGCUCGGGAAGAGUGGCCUGAAUGACAAGGACAAGAUGAACAGGACUGCGCUCCACUUGGCCUGUGCCAAUGGCCAUUCAGCGGUGGUGGCUCUCCUCCUGGAGAGAAAAUGCCUGCUCGACCUCUGUGACAGUGAAAACAGGACCGCGCUGAUGAAGGCCGUACAACGCCAAGAUGAGGACUGCGCGGCUCUCCUGCUGGAGCAUGGUGCCGACCCGAAUGUCAGGGACGCCUGUGGCAACACCGCGCUCCACUACGCUGUCUUUUGUCAGAAUUUAUCACUCGCAGCAAAGCUGCUUUCCUACAACGCCCAUAUAGAAGCCAGGAACAAGGAUGGCCUCACACCAUUGUUACUUGCUGUACAUGAAAGGAGAGGAGAAAUGGUGGAGUUUUUAGUAGACAAAGAAGCGAGUCUACAUGCGGUUGACAAGAUGAAAAGCAUUCACCAACUGAUUUCUGAAUAUAAAGAAAAGAGACCUAAAACUUCUGAAAAGAGCAACCCAGUGGAUGAGAGUUCUGAAGAGGACUCUUCAAGGAGGUAGGAUUUUAUGGAUGUUUU